UCAGGCAGGACGGGAGGGCGCACGGGACAGCGGCACACCGGCCGGGUCAAGGAGCGGCAAGGAUGGAGAUCCGACCAGACAGGUUUAAGGCGGCCGCGGCCAAAACUCUGGGGAAAAUUAACAGGCUGAUUGAGAAGCGUCAGCCAAAUGGAGAAACCAUCGAACUGUCCGCAGAGGGCCGCCCCGAGCUGGUGGAGGAGAAGGAGCUGCCGGUGGUGGACUGCACCUGCUUCGGCAUGCCGCGGCGGUACAUCAUCGCCAUCCUGUCUGGCCUGGGAUUCUGCAUCUCUUUUGGGAUCCGGUGCAACCUGGGCGUGGCCAUCGUCAGCAUGGUCAACGACCACACUGUUUACAAAGGCAACAAAGAAGUCCUCGUGGCCGCUCAGUUCACCUGGGACCCUGAAACAGUGGGGAUGAUCCACGGCUCCUUCUUCUGGGGCUACAUCGUCACUCAGAUCCCGGGAGGCUUUAUAUGUCAGAAGUUUGCAGCCAACAGAGUAUUUGGCUUUGCCAUAGUGGCCACCUCCACGCUCAACAUGCUGAUUCCAUCUGCCGCUCGCUGCCAUUACAGCUGCGUCAUCCUUGUCAGAAUAUGCCAGGGCCUCGUGGAGGGUGUAUCAUACCCGGCCUGCCAUGGGAUCUGGGCCAAGUGGGCUCCUCCUCUCGAGAGAAGUCGGUUAGCCACCACAGCUUUUUGUGGAUCCUAUGCGGGGGCAGUGGUGGCGAUGCCUUUAGCUGGUGUACUGGUGCAAUACACCGGCUGGCCUUCAGUGUUUUAUGUCUAUGGCAGUUUUGGGAUAUUCUGGUAUUUGUUCUGGAUCCUGGUGUCAUAUGAGAGUCCUGCAGCUCAUCCCACCAUCACAGCAGAGGAGAGGAAAUACAUCGAAGACGCAAUCGGGGAGUCUGCGACAUUUCUUAAUCCUCUCCACAAAUUCAAAACCCCCUGGAGACACUUCUUCACCUCCAUGCCGGUCUACGCCAUUAUCGUGGCCAACUUCUGCAGGAGCUGGACCUUCUACCUGCUGCUCAUCAGCCAACCGGCUUACUUCGAAGAAGUCUUCGGGUUUGAAAUCAGCAAGGUGGGAUUGGUGUCAGCUCUGCCCCAUCUGGUGAUGACCAUCAUCGUGCCGAUCGGAGGUCAGCUGGCCGACUACCUGAGAACCCACAACCUGAUGUCCACCACCAACGUCAGGAAGCUGAUGAACUGUGGCGGUUUUGGAAUGGAGGCCACGCUCCUGCUGGUGGUGGGAUACUCUCACACUAAAGGAGUCGCCAUUUCCUUCUUGGUUCUCGCUGUGGGAUUCAGCGGUUUCGCUAUCUCAGGGUUUAAUGUCAACCAUUUGGAUAUCGCCCCCCGAUACGCCAGUAUACUGAUGGGCAUUUCAAACGGAGUGGGAACGUUGUCUGGAAUGGUGUGUCCUCUCAUCGUUGGAGCCAUGACGAAACACAAGACACGUGAGGAAUGGCAAGGCGUCUUCCUUAUAGCCUCGCUUGUCCAUUACGGAGGAGUGGUUUUCUAUGGAAUCUUUGCAUCAGGGGAAAAACAGCACUGGGCAGAUAUUGAAGAUACCAGCGAGGAGAAGUGUGGGAUAAUUGAUGAGGACGAACUGGCCAAUGAGACAGAGGAGCUCUACCGAGGAGGAGGGCAAUACGGGGCAAUAAGUCAACCAGGAGCCGGUUCCAAUGGAGGCGGGAUGGGAGGAGGAGGAGGAGCUGGGGCAGGAUGGGUAACAGACUGGGAUAAGUCUGAGGAGUACGUGCAACCGCCUGGAUACAACUCUUACAUGUGUGAAGGAGGCGAAGAGAAGAAGCUGACAUAGAAAAUUAACAAAUCAUGAGUUUA